CAAAAAUUGUUCCGAAAAUAAAUCGAAUGCUUUUGAUUUUGGUGUGGAUGACUUAUCAGACGGCGUUGAUAAGCGAAACAGUGCUUACGCUGUUACGCCCAUAAGAAAAGAUUUGCAUUAUUUGUGCACGAAUAUAUACGACAUUCCUACAGAAAAUCCUAGUUUACCAGAAGUCGUAGACUUUAACAUUAUUAAACAGGAGUGCCAAAGAGGACAGUGCAAUAGUUUUAAGAAAAACUAAAUUCGAAGAAAAUUCGCUAAAAAUGGAAGACAGUGGCAUGAGCUCUAUGGAAGCAUCUCCCGACUUAGAAGAAAUAGAAAUUUCGCGCACUCCCAGUCGCUCUUUAACCGAAAAACGUAAAAACUAUUUGACUCGAGUAUCAUCUGUAGCCCGUUACGAUUGGAUUGAAAAUUUACGUGACAAAAGAAGUCUAAACAGCUGUUACACUGCUCUUAGGAAAAAAUCUGCUGUUGCAGCAAAAAAGUCACGUCAUAAUGAUUCUACAAACGACGUUGAGAGAUUAUUUGAAGCGUGUUUGCUGGUUGGCUAUAAUAGUUUGAAGAAAGGAUACGUUAAAAGCAUAUAUCCUCCAGAGGCUAAAGCUCCCGAACAUAUAGAGCAUUUAAUAUUUCCUCAAAAGUAUUAUUCGUCGGCGUUGAAAUGCACAAAAUCAAAGUCACUUCAUAAUAUACCUCAACUUACAAAGACCUCAUCUGACCAAAGUUCUGAUAGUCAUAUCAAAAAUAAACGAAAUAAUCAAACCUCACCAUACUCUUUGAAGAAUUCGGCUAGUCAAUAUAAUUUUCGUGGAAAAUUGUUGCCACAAUGUAAUACAUUAACACAAGAUGAACAGAAUUAUAGUAUAGUAUUAACAGAUCAAAAUGGUAUUAGAAAAUUUGGGUAUUGUAGGAAAAUAUUACCAGAAAAUUCAGAGAUAUAUCUGCCACUUGUGUACUGCAUUGUGACAAAUAUCAGAGCUCCAGGAUUUUAUUUCAAGAUUUUGCAAGAAUUGGAAUCUCGACAUGGUCAAACCGAUUACCAGCAGAAAUCAAUGCUUAAACAAUUUCAUGAAUCUCGUUUGCCCAAACCAGGUCAGCAUUUAUACAUUAAAAUUCCAAAGAGCCCUCAGAAAAGGCCUAAAACAGAAAUCAUCAAUGAUAAAAAAGAUGAAUACUUUCAACAUACAAAUGGUAGGAGAUCAUUUCAUUCUCUGACUAAUAAUCUCCACAAAAAGUCAAGCAAGAAUCUCAAUGACUCGUUCAAUAACUUUUCCAAUAUCAACAAUGAUCAAAAAGAUUCAAAUGAAAAAUUAGGAAAUGAUAUUGACAUGAAUGAUCCUUCAGCCAAUCAUAAGAAGUCUGAAAAGAAUACUGAAUUAGCAUCGAACUAUGGAAAAAUAUGCACAAGUAAAUCUUUACCAAAGAUUAAAAAAUCUAGUUAUAAUAAUAAUGAAAUUAACAAAGCGACAAAAUUCUUUGAAAGUACAGAACAAACUCAUAAUAAUUGUGAUGCAGAAAAUUUAAGAAAUUUAUUAAAUACUAACAAUGCUGAUGAAAUUGAUUCUUCAAUAAGCUGUGAUAAUAUAUUUAAGAAUCCUUUAAUCUUAAAGAGUGCUAUGAUGGAUUUUCAACAACACGAUUUUGUAAAAGAACGAAGAAAUUCUCUUCAAACCUAUGAUGAUAUUCGUUUAGCAAAAGAUAUGGAAUAUUUGAGUACAAAAGAGAUAAUUUUAGAAUCAGAUAGUGAUGAAACUUCAGAUAAAAGACAGAAAUGUUCCGAAGCAGACACUAAACUAGAUUCAAUAGAUGAUGAGAGGUUUUCUAUGAUCAACAGUUCUCUUUUUGAGAACAUUCGAGAAUCCAAAAAUUUUACUGAAGUAUUAAUUAAACGUCCUUAUGAUGUACGGUUAGAAAAUAAUGAAUUAGCUGUCCUAUUUGAAUGCUUAAACGUGGAAACCAUGAUAAAUGUUUUUGGAUCAUUGCUCAUAGAACGAAAGGUUAUAUUGGUUGGAGAAAGCUUGAGCAAAUUAUGUUCUUGCAUCGAGGGUUUGCAAAGUGCUUUAUAUCCAUUUAGAUGGCAACACACACUAGUCACUACUCUACCUCACAACCUGAUUGAAAUUACAAACGCACCACUCCCGAUAUUGGCUGGAAUUCUGUGCACAGAUGAACACAUAACAGUGGACGAGGGAAUUCUGGUUGAUAUUGAUAGUUCACGGACACUCACAUGUAUGAAGGAUGAAAACACUUUGUUUCCAGCAGCAUUAAGAGAAAAAUUGAAAUUAUCAUUGAGUUUGGUUAAAAAUGGUCCACAAGAUCCAACCAGAAAUGUGUUGGUUGGCGAAGCUUUUCUGAAGUUCUUUUUAACAUGUAUGCAGGGCUAUGCUGAUUGUUUCCAUAAUGGAGUUUUUGAUAAACUUGAAUUUAUAGAAUCUCAUAAAGGCAAUAAGCAAUUGCGUGGCUUUUUGGAAUGGUUUGUUGAAACAGCAAUGUUCAAUGAUUUUAUCAAAACCAAGGCAAAAAUUUUACUUAAUAUGUCUCAAAAACAAAGAGAUAGUCAGGACAGUGGCAGUAUUAGUCAAAUUUCACUAGAAAGUGAUGAAUAUCUAGAUCUCAGCUAUGACAUUGAGUCAUUUAAUAAUAGUAUUGGAAGAAAUGUUUCAGAAAAUGGUUUCUACGAAAUGUUUGAUGUUCGAUUGAUGGAAAGUAACAAAAAUGCAGACAGCACAAAGUCUUUUUUGAAGAACCAUAAGAAUAUGACGAAGAAGUCGAAAACAUUUACUGAGAAGGUUAAAGAGUUUCUGCAAAGUUAA